GCGUUUAAUUUUCUCUUUAACAGAACCAAGAGAAGUUGAAAUAAUCUGACGUAGAAGUUGUUUUAACAAAUCGUUACUAUUAACAAAUUACUUUUGUGUGUGUAAAUUGCAAAGUGAGGGAAAAAAGAACACUAUGGCCAGACAACCACGAACCACCUCUACAACCUCUCCUGGAACUAGGGUAGCCAAACGUCGAUUGGCAACAGUAAAAAAGUUGCCCAGACCCGCGGCUUCAGGCAGUAAAACCACGCCUACGGGGAAAUCUAGACCUGGAGAUCCAAUCAGACCACAAAAACCGAGAAGAUAUAGGCCUGGUACUGUUGCUUUACGUGAAAUUAGACAAUUUCAAAAGACUACUAAUCUUUUAAUUAGGAAGUUGCCUUUUUCACGGGUUGUUCGAGAGAUAGCCAUCGAGGUCCUAGGACCUCAUUCAAACGUAGGAUACCGAUGGCAGUCAGUUGCCAUUUUAGCACUUCAAGAAGCUACUGAAGCUUAUCUGGUUCAUUUAUUCGAGGACGCCAACUUAUGCGCAAUUCAUGCAAAAAGAGUUACAAUAAUGCAAAAAGACAUUCAACUGGCGCGAAGAAUUCGUGGUGUUUGGGGAGGUCUCGGCUAAAUAAUAAUUUUCACGAACUUACGGGUAGAUUAGAAUAUGGGCAUCCUAGUUUGUACAGCAAAUAUUGUAUGCUUAGAUUUUUUUUUUUCAUUUUAUUUUCAAGAUUAUAGAUUUGUCGUUAGUUAAAUGUAAAUAAAAUUUAUUCUUGCGUUUAAGUUACAUAUCAAGUAAUAAUCGCGUAGAAUAAAUUAUUUCUCUUUUACAAUCAAUUUUUGAAUGUAUUCAUUUCAAACUUUAUCAAAUAUGAAUAAAUUCUUUAAAUAGUAAAUAAUUAUUUC